AUGCGCGUCACUACACUGCUUCUUUGGACAGCUCCCCUUGCUGGUCUCGAAGUCUCGGUAGCAGCGAAGUCCGUGCAUGUUUCUCCUGACCCAAGCCACACGUCAAUCGCGAGGCUGCUACGGAGCAACACACAAUCAGACGAAGAGGCAAGGCUCGCUAUAAACUUCUCUGGCGCUAAUAAACUUUUAGCGCCAGUAAAAUGGACCGGGUCCAAGAUCAAGGGAGCUGUAAAAGCCGAGACGUUGCGUCUUCAAGGCAAAACGGCCGACGAAGCCUUCGCGUUACUCAAACUUGACCAAGCCGGUGACAAACUUUUGGAUCACAAACAGUUCAGCAAAUGGGUCUCCUUUAUGAAAAAGAGCACCAAGCAAUACCCUCAAGUCGAGAUGGUAAAAACGUUGACAACAAAGUACAGUGACGACGCCUUGGUAAAGAUGCUGGAAGCUGGCAAGCAAGUGAAAGCCACGAAUAAAAUAUCGAGAGAACUUCAGUUUAUCCAGAUGACAGGUUGGAUGCAGCAGGGAAAAUCUAUGGGCGACGUCAUCAAGCUGCUAAAGCUCGGUGGCGGUAUGGACAAGCUCCUUGUGAACCCGAAUUUACCUAUCUUGGAGACGUACAUUCACGUAUUUAACAAGUUCAACGCUGGGAGACAGACGAGCGUGAUAAAGGAACUGAUGGGGUUCCACACAGAAAAAGUCGUCUCGACAGCGCUCCAAGCGGCGAAGAAAUCUCCGGAAACAAACGCAAUAGCAACCAAGCUGCAAGCGGCACAGUUUAGAUAUUGGUUUGACAAUAAAGUGAAGCCACCCAAGAUCUUUGGAAUGCUGGACAUGAAGAAAUCAACGUGA